UUUUUUUUUUUUUUUUUUUUUACCUUUAUCAUUCAUUGUACCAUCUCACUUUAUAUCAUGCAUUUCGAUGUUGUUGAAAACAAACGUUUGAGUCUAACCCAAUAAAAAUGAUCAAGCUCAUUCAUUGUGUAGCCUUAUAUCCAAAUCCGGCGAACAAAAGAAAUAGGAAGGGGCAAAAUCUUUUAAAUAGCCUCUAUAUAUAUAUAUAUAUAUCAAUAGAAUGUUGUGAAUCAUUUGAUAAUGGCAGAAUAUCUAACAACUACGUACAUUGAUACCCAUCAUCCAUUAUUACCAUUAUACACAUAUUUCUACUCACCUGAAUCUUCUCGACGUGAUAAAAUUAAAUCUAUCAUUUUAUUGUUACAUGGGGCAGGAGGCGAUCAUCGACAAUUUGAUGAUGUUUUCCCAUUACUUGUUCAAGAGGGCUAUCAAGUGAUGGUAUGCGACAUACGUUAUCAUGGAAAAUCUCAACCUGCUAAUGAUACCCUCUUAGACAAACCGAUCUUUGAUUUUCAUGUCAUCAUCAAAGAUAUAAAUCGAGCACUCACAUGGUACAUCAAACAACAGCAACAGGAAUCAGAGUUGACAUUUUCUUUGAUUUUAGGUGGUUUGUCUAUGGGAGGAAUGAUUGCUCAAAGUUAUUUAUAUCAACACACAAAUUCUUUGCAGGCAACCCCCAACGUCAAGAUUCACGCCUUACUAGCAUUUGGGUGCUCAAAUAUCCUCAUAUCUGAUCCAAUCAUACCGUGGAUGAUCUUUUAUAAAGAUGCUUGUUUUGAUGAUGAUAAUGUUCAAGCCAUCAUUUUAUCAGCUAGAAAAGAAAUCAUUGAUUCUGCAUAUCAGCCGUUGACAAAAAAUCAAGUGCAUUCAGCUUUGACUCUUGUGAGUGAUAAAAUAUUAUUUCAUUGUUUUUGUGCUUGUGCCAACUCUUUUACUUUUGUAUCUGACAAAUCAUUAUCCAACAUCCGUCAGUUGCUUAUCAGGGGUGAAUAUGAUCUAUAUACUAAAGAGGUCAUGGAUGCAUGGUACCUGAAACGACGAAGAUUACAUGGGUAUAUGGAUGUUGAUUACCAUGUUAUUCCAAAUACUGGUCAUUUUGUCACUAUGGAAGCCGGAAAACAGGUCGCUCAACAUGUCAUCACUUUUUUAUCAUGUAAAACAUAAUUUAUAA